CCCAACCCACUUUCUGUGCAAUUCUCUUCAUACUCUGAAGGCAGAUGACCUUGUCAGAAAACUGACCUCCUGGUAUGUCCCCCUCUUAGGAGAGAAGAUCUAAGGGAGCAGGACUGCAGCAUAAAGGGACAGAAAAGCAAUCUACCAUCUGCCUGCAGCAAAUGAAUUUAGAUCCUUCAGAUGAUGAAGCUAUUGAAAAAGCAAGUGAAAACAGGACAGCAGCACGUCAAGAUUCAGAUUCCAAACCUGCUGUGAAAAAGAAAAGAAAGCAGCCUACAGAGUGUUUUUUAAGUCAACCUGAAGAAAAGCAAGACAGUGCUGUGAAGGCGAAGAAGAGGAAGAAGAAGAAGAUUUCUGAUGUUCUGCAAAAAUCUGCUCCAAAACCUGGUGUCCCUGCAGAUCUACAAAAUCUGCUUAGUCAACAUUUUGGUGAAAACCGUUCUGUGAUUGAAAUAGAGGAAUUAAAGCUGUCAGAUUCCUGCUUUUUGCCAGCCAAUGAUCUUACCCACAGUUUUUCUUCAUACCUGAAGGAAAUCUGUCCGAAGUGGGCGAAGCUCCGGAGGAACCACAAGGAGAAGAAGUCAGUGGUGAUGUUGGUUCUCUGCAGCUCUGCCCUGCGCUCCUUGGAGCUCAUCAAGUCAAUGACAGCCUUUAAAGGAGAUUGCAGAGUCAUCAAGUUGUUUGCAAAGCACAUAAAGAUAAAGGAACAAAUGAAUAUGUUGGAGAAAGGCAUGUUCCACAUUGGGGUUGGAACUCCUGGGAGAGUAAAGGCACUAGUGGAGCAAGAUGCCCUGUGCUUAAACUCUGUGAAAUAUAUGAUUCUGGAUUGGAACUGGAGAGAUCAGAAACUGAGGAGAAUGAUGGACAUCCCUGAGAUAAAGAAAGAAACAAUUGACCUACUGGAGAAGAGUAUUAUAAAGCUGUGCAGAGAUGGAUCUGUGAAGCUGGGACUCUUUUAAUAGUUUACAAUCAAGGAAGUAAUUUGCAGCUGCAUUUUACUAUUAUCCUGGCUACAACUGAAUUUUAACUUUUCAGAGGUCUCAAUACAGAAGGCACAUUGCAACUUUUUCUGAGUUUUCUUUUAAUAAAAAACUAGAUGUUUUGUUUGUA